AUGGCAGUAAAGGCAAGCGACAAGGAUCGCUGGAACUUGCUCUCGCCGACGACUUCCAAGUCCUUGGCGAAGGAAUUCGACUUCGGAGAUGCGACAAAGGGCGGUGUGGGCGGCGUGGUUAAGGGGAAGGAUCGCUGGAACCUCCUCCGUGACAAUGUCCAAUCCGUUUCUUUACAGGCACGUGGUGCAAAUGCCUUUUCCAGCGUGGGACGGGCCACGUCGAGCCCUUCGUCGCAGCGCAUCCAGCUUUUCUCUUCCACGCUGCGGAGAGCGGCCGCUCGACAGGAGAAGGAGGACUUGCUGGAAUCUCCGGGUGCCAUCAGUGUCCUAACAGCCUCAGAACCUGCCCCGGAACCUGGCGUAGCCGGCGACUCCGAAGUGCCGCCUUGCCAGGUAAGCCCGGACACCGAUUUGGAGGGCAAGCCAGGCAAGGAUGAAAUUGGUGAGGAGUUUUCCGAUUGGGAGUCCGAGGCCGAAGACAACGUUGCAGUCGAGAAGAACGGAUUCCUCACCGCCAGUGACGCCACAGUCGCAAGCCCUGCCAUACAUGUGCUUGGUCCUCAGGAGAGCGGUCCUCCUUCCGGGCUUUGUGGCCAGGAAGGAGGAGAAGACCUCGAAAUGGGGGGGACCAAAGAGGCGGAGGCAGAUCCAGGUUGUCCCAUACUUGUACCAACACCUACAACCGGCACCGCCAUGGAAGUCGAUGCAAGCAGCGCCUCGGGUGCACCACAAAGCAGGAGAACAAGUGGUGCGGGAGAGUCUGCAGUACCCCAUCUCGUCAGUCGCAUGCUGGGUGGGCUUCCUGGCUGGGCUGCUUUUGCAGCCGCAGAGGAGUCGGAGGAGGAGGUCCACAAUGCUUGGGGUGAACACGAUACAGAUGACAUGCUGGGACUGCGAGCUUUUGAAUUGCAACAGGCUAGAGGAAUAGAGGUGCCUGGAACCCCGACCGCAGCGCAAGCAAGGCUGGCCAAACGGAAGCAGAAGGCACAGGAAAAAGCGAAGCGCAAAACACAUUUGGAGGUUGGUACCACCGAGAGCACGGGUAGCCAUCUGUUCGGCAUGAUGUCGAUGCUCAGCAACCUUACCAGUGCGACGGCUACCGGCUCUGCGCGCGACGACGAUGAGGAAAGUGUUCAUAAUGCCUGGGGCGGUGAUGACUCAGACUCGAAGUUUGUAGAACGCGCUGCUGAGCUCGAGCAUGCACGUGGAAUGGUGGUGCCUGUUCUCAAGGUCCAGACGGCGGGACGCGAGCGGCUAGCAAAGCGCAGGCAGAGAGCGGAGAAGAAGGGCAACAUGCAUCAAGGAGUUGCUGAAGAAUGCAGUGCUGCAAGUGGCUUAACAAGCGCGCCGCAAAGCAGGAGAACAAGUGGUGCGGGAGAGUCUGCAGUACCCCAUCUCGUCAGUCGCAUGCUGGGUGGGCUUCCUGGCUGGGCUGCUUUUGCAGCCGCAGAGGAGUCGGAGGAGGAGGUCCACAAUGCUUGGGGUGAACACGAUACAGAUGACAUGCUGGGACUGCGAGCUUUUGAAUUGCAACAGGCUAGAGGAAUAGAGGUGCCUGGAACCCCGACCGCAGCGCAAGCAAGGCUGGCCAAACGGAAGCAGAAGGCACAGGAAAAAGCGAAGCGCAAAACACAUUUGGAGGUUGGUACCACCGAGAGCACGGGUAGCCAUCUGUUCGGCAUGAUGUCGAUGCUCAGCAACCUUACCAGUGCGACGGCUACCGGCUCUGCGCGCGACGACGAUGAGGAAAGUGUUCAUAAUGCCUGGGGCGGUGAUGACUCAGACUCGAAGUUUGUAGAACGCGCUGCUGAGCUCGAGCAUGCACGUGGAAUGGUGGUGCCUGUUCUCAAGGUCCAGACGGCGGGACGCGAGCGGCUAGCAAAGCGCAGGCAGAGAGCGGAGAAGAAGGGCAACAUGCAUCAAGGAGUUGCCGAAGAAGGUUAUGCAACUGCCACGAGCUCCUCUGGCAGAGCAGCUGCAUCCGUAUUUUCUGCUGCCGCUACAAGCAUCGUGCAGUUUCAGCGGCUCUUCAGCUAUGUGGCAUCCAGCCAGGAUGAUGAGAUUGACGAGGUCUUUUGCAUAUGGGGUGAGGAUGAUACUCCGGAGAGAUUCCACGAGCGUGUGGCCGCAAUGGAGCUAGCCCGCUCCGAUCAAAGCGGAAGACUUCCGCAUCACAGAGUGCUCCGACAGAAGCGCAAGGGGCGUGCCAGCUCCGAAAAGAAGGAUCCCGAUGAUCCUUUUCUUCUCGACCUGCGGCAGCAGAUCGAGUAG